UUUAGAAAGAGUGCAAAUAUUGAUGACGCUCUCAUCAAAACAACAUUCAUGAUUUGUUUAACAGCUGAUGAUUCAGACGCAAAUCGAGAAAUGACGUGAAAUUCCAAAUCUCUUUAAACAAUAACGAUUUAGCCAACUUUUAUGUGAACGUGAUGAAGCUGGAAACUAGAGGGGGUCUGAGAUGAAUAAUCAAAGCACAGCGCUGGCUGAGGGGCGGCUGCCGGUGUUUGUGUUUCCAAACAAUCUCACAUUCUUCUCGGAUGACCAGUCGUCACACAAACAAUGCCUCACCUUAUACAAUCCAUAUGAGUUUCCUUUGAAAUUUAAAGUUCUUUGCACAGCUCCAAGGAAAUAUACAGUAGUAGAUGCUGAGGGAUUGAUUCGACCUACAUGCUGCGUUGAUGUAGUUGUUCGUCACACAGACAUCUGUAUCAACAAUGAGGGCAUGUAUGACAAGUUCCGCGUGCAGGUCAGUGAGCAUGGACAGAGGAAGGUGCUCGGAAAAAAAGACCUAACUGCAGUGCUGCUGCCCACCAAGGUGAGGGAGGGUACAUCCAGCCCUGAGGAUACAUUCCUGUCCCUGCCCAGCCAGAGGCAGCAACGUGGAUCCACCUCAGAGUCUCAACCACAGCCUCCAGUAGCAGUUGGCAGGCAGGCAAGUUCAUCUGGUCCAAGUUUUGUUGUGAUAGUUGCAGGCCUUGUGUGUAUCACAGCUUUAAUGCUACCUCAGCUCGGGGAUACCAGCUCUAGACUGCCUGAGUACCUUCAUCUGUCUGUAAACCAGAAACUUAUAGCUGCAUAUGUCCUCGGUCUGGUCACCAUGCUGAUCCUCCACAUCUAGCUGCCUGUUCAUUACAGGGUAAUCUCCCCUAGGUAACCAUUCAGUCAUGGACCUUCACAGGCUCACAGAUCUGGCGAUGUGUGCAUUGUGGACUGGGACACCCACCAAGUCUGCACGACUGGCAGCUGUCAACAGUUUUAGUUUUAAUAAAGUUUUAAUCAAAUAAGCCAAAUCAACUUGUAUGAUUUGGGGAAUGGCCAUUGAAUGAUCUGAACUUUGCCAUUUUAGCCAGGUUUUCCUCUUAGUACAACAGUUUACAAAACAAUUUCAACAGCAUUCAUGCAAAUGCUUUUAAUAACAAUUUCUUGGUCAUGUGCAAUUACAAACCAAAUUGCCCGGAUUUUGUUUAGUUUAGGCCUUUAACUAUCUUAAUAUUUCCUUUUGGCCAUUU